GUAACCCGGAAGUAAUCUAGGCUUGCUUAGCAACAUAUUUCGCGGAUUAUUUUCAGAGCUAGAAAUUUGUUUUUUCCUCUUGUUGCUUUAUUACAAAGGAACAAGUCUCAAUACCAUGUCUUUCUUUGGUGUUACACAACUUGGCUACCAAAACACAAUAAGGGAAGGCUCUGCUAGGGCAAGAUUAGAACCAACUCGCUCGAAAACACAACUUGGAUUUAUUGCAUUUCCACCUCUUGUGGAAAAGGAUCCCCCAAGAAGAUCUAUUGUCCCAAUAGAUCAGGUUUCAGCAUAUGGACCUGGUCCAAAAGAUUCAUACGUUGAAUUUACAAGAAUGAGGACAAAACACAUACGAACUCCGAAAGAACCACCACAGUUAUACAAUUACCCAUUAACAACAAGUCAAGGUUGUGGUUGGUGGACACAGCAUGAACCAUUGAAGAAGAACAUGAGCUGGGCAUAUGUUCCAAGACAUGUAAAACUAAACAGUGAAAUGACAAGAUUUGUGGACAACAUGGCAUUGACUAACAGAGAAUUUACAUUAUUUUAGACCUUGUUUUUAUUUGCCUUUAUUGAUUAGUAAUGAGAGAAUAUUUUAACAAAAUAUCAAAUAUUUUGUAAAGCUUUGAAAUAUAUUUUUUAUAAGAGAUAUACUUUGUUAUGAUGGAAUGGAUAUUUUUAGCACAUAGUAAGGCAUUUAUAACAUAAAUAACAAACUUUUAUAGUAUAUAUUUAUAUAACUCUACUGCCAGUUGUAUUUAUAAGAAUAAAAUCAUGUUGAAUUAUUUCCAUCUUCUGAUUUUAUUGCAUACAGAAAAUCAAAAUAUUUAGUGUUAAAUAUAUUAAAGAUCAUGAUUUGUGCAGCAUUAUUCUUGUUUGGAAAUUUCCAAUUAUUGUUAUGGUAUUAAAGUAUCAGUAUUAUAUUCUAGGGCCACACAGGGUUUCUGUAAAAUGUACUCUUUAGGGUAAUAUAAUAACUUUAGUGGCCAAAAAAAUAUAUUGCAUUUUUUGUCAAUAAGAUGUAAAAAGAUGUUACUUUUUAAAAUUUUAUUUACUUCAAAAUCUUUUAUUCUCUGAAACAUAAAGAGACACCAUGUUUAUUUUCUUUAAUUCAUUUUUAAACAUUUACAAAAAAUGCUGUGAAUAACAUUAACAACUUAAAGAUUAACAUUUCUCUCUUCUGUGUAGAUUUUAAAUUUUGUUUCAUAUUUAAGAUAUAUAAAUGAAAUUAAUUAAAUCAGUACAAAUUAUGAUGUAUUCUUCUGUCACUCACACUCAAUGAUAUAAUGAAUUGUUCCCAGGUCUUUUAAUGCAAAAAGGACAAAAAAGUAUAUGAUUAUAUACUGAUUUAUAACUUGCGAGCUUUCAGAGAAUGUGAAUAUAGAUAGGUACAAGUUGUUAUUCAUUUAAGAUGGUAGAGUAUUAAUUUUGUACAUACAAAACAAAAACUGAUUUUUUCCCCCACAUGUUCAUCAUAGCAUAAUUCAAUUGUAUGUGUUCCUUUAAUUGACUGCAUGUUUGGGCUCCAUUUUAUGAUGUUGUUACCUUUUAUUUGUUAGAAUUGUUAAAGAUACAUUUUUAUAGAGAUCUGGUAUCAGAAAUAUCAGUAUUGUAAACUGUGCAAUAUGCAUAAAUAUUAUCUUUAUUGUGAGCAUAUUGGUACUGAAAGUAUAACUAGAGUCUUUACCCCAUACUCAUAUUUGUAAGUAAGUUAAUCAAAAGCAAAGAAAGAUUAUAUAUUACCAAGGACUCCUAUCUUAAUAACAAAUAAGCAUAGUAACUUCAAUAUAACAUUUUCUUUAAAAUACAAAACUUGUAAUGUUGUUUUAUUAGUGAAAGUAAUUUUAAUACUUUUUUUCUUAAUUAUCUAGCAUUGAUAAAGCACAUUGCAGUGUUUGAUUUUACACCUAUUAUAUUAUUAUUUUUAUUUUGUUGCCAUUAUUAUUGGGUUGUUGUUUUAGAAUUGAAACUUGGAUACAUUUUAGUAUCUUGGUGUGAAGGUAAAAAUAAUAUGAGCAAAAGUAAGACAAUGAAAUAAACGUUAAGUCUAAAAUUUAAACAUAGCUUUAUCGAAGAACUAGUCUUUUGUUAUGCGAACGAUAUAAAGGUCUCAAGAAAUCAGACCACCUUUGAAUAUCACUUGGACAAUAACUUGGCCAUGUAUUAAUUUACUUAUACUAUCAUAUUUGUUCCUCUUAUAAGUAUAGGUAUUAGUACUGUAUAUAUUAUACCUUUACUGAUUUAAGUGUCUGCACGAAGAAUGUUAUUUUCAGAACAUCAGUGGUCAGACAAAAAACGUAGGGAUGGCCUGAGUUUUGGUUUGUUAAAUAUUUUGUGGGCUGACAAGUCGGUUCCUAUCAUGCAAAGAUGCUUGUUCUGUUUCUUAUGUAAAGGCUAAGAAUACAUGUAUCUAAUUAACAUUUAAACAUAUAUAACCUUAAUAGAUACGCCAGUUCGAAUUACCAUCUAGGCAUCUACAGCCAGUUUUGUUUCUACAUUGAAAAAUAUACAGCUCAAUUUUUCUUUCUUUUCAUUUUACUGUAAGAGAAAUUGUUGCUUAAUUAAAUGUUCAAAAACAUUUUUGCCAGCUAAAACAUCAAAGUUAUUUAAGGAAAUGGCGAGGUAAAAUAUAAAUCCAGUAUUUAGUGUAACUUUAUUCAAUUAUAUAAAUUGUGUUGCUCAGUAGGUCAGUUUAUCAAUGUUUUGUUUUGUUGUUGUUGUUAUAUAGGAUGAUGAAUGAUUUGUAGAUACAACAGUUUACUAGUAUCUAAUUUGUAGAAUGCUGUAUGCUUGUGAAAUUUAAGUCAUUUCUUAUUGAAGAAAAUAUAUUUUGUGUGUCCAAAUGUUUCCCUUUUUCAUGUGUUGUUAUAUGCAAAAUAAAAUAAAGUCUUUAUGAAAAGAACAAUCUUUA